GGAAACGCAGCGGCGCCGGAAGACGGAACUCCCAGCCGUCUCUGCGCUCCCAGUUGGCCAAGAUGGUGUCUCGCAGGAAGAAACACAAGGCUGGCGGCCACGAGGAGAGCAUACCGAGCCCACCAGGGUAUUCAGCUGUUCCAGUCAAGUUCUCGGCAAAGCAGCAGGCUCCGCAUUACCUCUACAUGAGAGAACACCGAGUUCGACAAGGCACCCAGUCUACGUGGCCUCCCAAUCGGACCCUUUUUAUCCUCAAUGUGCCCCCAUACUGCACACAGGAGAGCCUGUCUCGGUGCCUCUCCUCCUGCGGCACCAUCAAGACAGUGGAGCUGCAAGAGAAGCCUGACAUUGCCGAGAGCCCCAAGGAGCCAAAGUCACAGUUUUUCCAUCCCAAGCCGGUGCCGGGCUUUCAGGUAGCUUAUGUGGUGUUCCAGAAGCCAAGUGGAGUGUCGGCCGCCUUGAACCUGAAGGGCCCAUUGCUGGUUUCUACAGAGAGCCACCUCGUGAAGAGCGGAAUUCACAAGUGGAUCAGCGACUAUGAAGACUCCGUGCUGGAUCCUGAGGCCCUGAGAAUGGAAGUAGACGCAUUCAUGGAGGCCUAUGACAAGAAGAUAGCUGAGGAGGAGGCUAAGGCCAAGGAGGAGGAGGGAGUCCCUGAUGAGGAGGGCUGGGUGAAGGUCACCCGCCGGGGCCGCAGGCCUGUGCUCCCUCGGACGGAAGCAGCCAGCUUGCGUGUUCUCGAGAAGGAGAAACGGAAGCGCGCCCGCAAGGAGCUGCUCAACUUCUAUGCCUGGCAGCAUCGAGAGACCAAGAUGGAGCACCUGGCACAGCUGCGAAAGAAGUUUGAGGAGGACAAGCAGAGGAUUGAACUGAUGCGGGCCCAGCGUAAAUUCCGACCCUACUGAGCUGUUCUGACAAGCAGAUACCAGGCCAGGAAGCAGCUGUUCCCACAGUUCCAUCUCUGCACCCACGCAAGGCUGCCUUGGAGGAGGAUUUGGCCUUCACAGAGCUGCCUCUGCCCUCUCCUGCCUGUAAAGACACUCCCAGGAUACCUGACUCACCAUCUGGCAAGCUUGCCCUCCAUGCAGCCCCUCCUGACAACAGCCACUUGGAACGCAGUGAAGACGGGAGAUUUUAUUUCCACCGCUGGUGGCAAGGCCACAGACUGCAGAAGCCUCAGAGCUCAGAGGGUCGGCUCCAGUCCUGCUUCUUUAGCAUCACCAAAGCUCACUAAACACCCCAGGCCCCUUGUCAGAUAAGACCAGACUCUUCUUUCCCCUGCCCCUAGCUCUGCUGAAGGAGUCUCUGCUGCCUCUCUUGGACUGCAAGGCUCCCGCCCACUCUACCUGUUUUGUGGGACGAGAGUGCUAGAGAUCCAGUAGAAGCUAGAAAGUACACAGUAGGAUCCCAGAGCUACAGCCUGGCAGAGGUCGUCCUCCGUAGACCCUGUAGGAAGGGACUGAUGAUUCCGGCCACCACCUGGGGCUUGUUCAUGUGGAUGUAGUGAUUGCCUGGGACUUCCACAAACUGGAACCGCUAGAGAAAAGGGGUGGGUGGUGAGAUAGUGCCCACUCAGGAGACUCCUGUGGCCAGAGGCAACCUUGUCUAUUCACAGUAGCCUGGGGACUUGGAGGCUGUCACGGGAACGUAGGUAUCUGAGCUGUGUAUAUAUUACACCGGGGCAGCUACAGUCAGGGUCACUGCUGGUUCUGUUCAAAGCCCACAAAGGCAGGCAGGGUACUGCAGGAGCUUGCCAAAUAGAGAGCCCCACUCCCGCUUUGUGAUAGCAUCAGGCCCUGUGUAGAGAUCCCUAGCAGUAAAACUUGUCAGUUUACUGGUCCUGGGAGCAACAGAGGCAAGUACAGGGCUGCACCUCAGAAUUAGGCCUGGCCAGGGGUUAGGGGAGGGUAAUAAAAUUCUUCCACCAAA